GAAGUCAACAAAGUCGGAGCUAGUUUCGAACAUAAUUCAAAAUCUUACUCGAGUCAUAGUGCGUUCAGAACAUCAACCAAAUGAUAUUAAAAUACAGAAGUGUUUGUCAAAAGCCUGAAACCGCGUUACUUGACUAAUUUCAAAAGCUGGCUCGCGGUCUUGUCAGUUGCAUAAACUUACAAACACUGGCUGAUGUCCCUGCAGAGCUGCUCGUAUCUUUCUUUGCUGGUUAUUUGACAAUUUGAAAGGUUCAAAGUUCAAAUCCAAUGGAGCAUCACAGGUCGCAGAGAGAAGCUUGCACAUCAGAUUUAACAGAAAUGCUCUUUUCUCAACCUAAUGGGAGUGAGGUGACCCAAACCCCAGAUGAAAAAAGAAUGAAAAAUACCGAGGCUGAUAGAAUUUAUAGGAAAAACUAUAGGGACAUGUUCGAUAAGAUGAAGGCAAUAGCGUCCAGGUUCGGAGGAGUUGAUAAUAUGGAGCACCACAUUAAUCAAAUGGAAGUUGAGCAGCCAAAGGAGACCGAGUUUCGCAGACUUGAGCAAAUGAAAUGCAAGUUUGGCGGGAUUGAGGAAAUGGGAUCCAAGUUACACGCAUUCCACCGAAUAGCUUCCAUGCCACCCAUGUCAUUUGUAAAUACAAGUGAUUUCACGAAAUUAAUUUACUAGAUAAUUUUCUAAAC